GUCCAUCCCGCUGCGGGGCCGCCGCCGAGCUUCGGCCAAUGGCGAUUGCCUCCAAAGGAGACCCCUGACAGUGGAAACACGUCCCCUAGGCUUGGGCCUGAGCUGAGCAGUGUCUUGGCACACCUCAGAUGGUGUUCAAUUCAUUGGACGACUUUGAGUCUGUUGGUCCAAUCUUGAGAUUGCUGGCUGGAAGACGACACGGUCACUGAACAACAUCACCGUUCCUUGCCUAGUCAAUCGACAUUCUAUCAUCUCAAUCGCCAGAAUGGACCAACUCAAAGCAUUCCUCCCCUCGGGAGAAAAGGGCAUCCUCCCCUAUUACCUGUGGUUCAUCUCCAUCGUGUCCAUGGGCAACGCUCUCCAAAACUACGUAACCCUCCACUACACCCGGCGCAUCUACAACGGCCGCUUCGUCCCGAACCACGCGCUGCCCCCAGCCACGGGCAAGCACAGUCCCGAGGACAGCACCAACAUCCUCAAGCCCGCCUCCGGCAAGGACGCCGAGAAGGCCAAGGACCAGGUCACUCCCCUGGCCGCUCGUGUCUUUGGCACCUACACCUUCGUCGCCGGCAUCAUCCGGCUCUACGCCAGCUACCAACCCGAGAACUACGCUCUGUACCAGAUGGGCAUCCUCACCCACGUCAUUGCCGCCGUUCACUUCACCUCUGAGAUGCUCAUCUUCAAGACCAUCCGGUUCAGUGGGCCUCAAAUCUUCCCCUUCCUCGCUGCCUACGGCGGUACUACUUGGAUGCUGCUCCAGUACAGCAACUACGUUGUCUAAGUCAGCUGAAAGGGGGUCAGGAGUAUAUGUGUUAUAAAAGGUUGUAUAAUACAACACGGAAACGAGCAUCCCCUCGUGUUUAUAGGGACUCCGUACUCA